AUGGCGAAUUCACACAAGUCAAUGCGCGUUCCUCGAAACAGCGCCGCAAGCUUCAAUACUUCCGCCAAAUUGAUUGUCAAAGUCGGAUCCACAGCCAACCGUCAAUCCCUCACUGUUCACGAGUCCUUCCUCACCGCUCGCUCUGAGUUCUUCCGCCGCGCCAUGAACGGAAACUGGAGAGAACCUGGGACUCAAAUCAUCAAUCUUUUAGACGAUGAGCCUGAGAUCUUCGCCCUGUACCUUAACUUUGUCUACAAGAACGGACUACCCACCAUAGCUCUCCUUGAGGAGGAAUUCCGUACACUUUCUCUAAGAGAGGUUCUCCACCGUUUCCACAAGGAGCAUGAAACGAUGUUCAAGCUCUACAUACUAGCAGAGAAGUUUCAAGAUGGCAUGGCAAAUGAUGAAGCUAUCACAGCCAUUUUUCAGCUCUCACACAUUCACGACUCAGACCAGUAG